ACCAGUUUUAAAGGGACACUGCGCUAUUUCAUGGGCGAGGGCGAAAACAGCUAAAGCGCAGAAAAGCAUAUAAAUGCUAAAUAGCCAGCAAGCAACCGAGCGAGCAAGCUAUGUGGUCAGAGAGGAGAGGAGAGACGACAAGACGAGACGGAAAAAUUCCAUGAUCAACGAUGCAAUCAACUUCUCUUCGAAGAUAGCUAACGUUGGUUUUGAUGGCAAUCCGAUUGAUCUUUAAAUGUGAAAAGAGACACUUCAUGUGAAAUCGGACAGGGCUGUCCUGAAGCAAAGAUAAAAAGCAAAAAGUUAAACUCCGCUCCUGAGAUGAAGGAAAUGUCUCGUUAUUGAACACUUUACGUGUGAAGCCUGUCGUCCCCUUCAUGUAGCUGGUAGUUACUGCUCUGGACAAUGACCCAAUACACCUCCAGGCUGUGUAACUGCUAUUUGACCAAGAAGGAGAGAGAUGGAGUGCUGCAUCAGAUGACCUGGCCUCCACAAUCACCCGACCUCAACAUAAUUGAGAUGGUUUGGGAUGAGUUGGACCACAGAGUGAAGGAAAAGGAAAAUCAGCCAACAAGUGCUCAGCAUAUGUGGGAACUCCUUCAAGACUGUUGGAAAAGCAUUCCAGGUGUAGGUGGCUGAGAGAAUGCCAAGAGUGUGCAAAGCUGUCAUCAAGGCAAAGGGGUUUCUCUGUGGAAUGCCUGUGUCAUGAUGCCGUCGCUGAGACUCACCCUGCGUCCAGGUGACCAGGGAGGGCGUGUCGAGUCGUCAGCCAAUCACAGCAGGUGCUUUAGGAGAGUCAGUUCCUGUUUAUGUUCAUCAGUACUUCCUCUCAGAACCCUCCCGCCUCACUGAUGUCCUGCCCCCUCGGUGGUAGGUAGGUAGUUCCUGUAUCCAUCUCUUCCAUCACUUCCUCUUCCUCCUGAAGCCCCGCCCCUUACUGUCUGGCUGUGUGGGGAUGCUGGUGCUAGCUGGCACUGUUCGUAACUAUGGUGAUAGUCAGGUAACCGUGGUAAGAGGAAUCUGUGGGCACAGCUUCCUGAUGUUGUGCCAGGUGCUGACUGGACAGGAGGGCACCAUCGAACGGACGGGCACAGAGGUGCUGUGCAACUCUGCUUCCUAGUUUACACUGAUGACAUCACAACAGGAAGUAUAGGACCUAUCUUACUGAGAUCUCCGCCUCCUUGCACUUUCUAGAACUUCUUGUUGCUGCUACUCGACUUCCUGUUGCAAGUCUCUCAGACACUUUAAGGCUCUGACCUCUCACCUCUGAACCCAAGCAGCCAUGAGGCACAUUCACGUAGAACUGACACGCAGCAGCAAGGAGGAGCUGGCUCCUGUGGAGCUUCCAUCCCAGGAUGGGGACCUGCCUCCUCCCGCGGCCCCCUCACAGGUCCCCGACCUUGGGGUGAUGAGACCGGGGGUGGUGGUUCCCAAGCCCUUUGGUCAUGAGCAGCUGCGUCUCCAGAAGGUCUAUCAGCUCUCCAUCUUCUCCCAGCUUGGGGGGUUCUCAGCCUCCGAGCUCCCCAGAACCAGUGAGGCCCAGCCGGGGCAUGUCCAGCCGGGUCAGGUCCAGCGGACUGACAGGGUGGGGGUCAAGAGAGGACAGGGUGGGGUUCAAGAGGAUUCCCAUCUAACACACAAAUGGCCCCACCUGGCUGGGGACCUCGACAGGGAAAGGGAUGGAGGGGUGCUGUCAGGGUCAGGACCUGGGGUAGGAUUGGAUGUCGGAAUGGGGGUAGGGAUGGGGGUGGGGCAGGGGCCUGUAUCCUCCUGCAUCAUGGUGGAUCACAGAGACUCAGAUGGGGGCCUGUCGCCUAGAUCCCCCCCACCUGCACCCCUCUCUCCGGGCCACACCCCCGCCCGACGCCCUGCCCAGCACAAUCAUGACAGGCCCGUCCCGGACCUGUGGGCCCCGCUGUCGCCCAAACCAUCCCCCAUGGUCGAGCCCCACAGCCCUCCUGGCUCCCGCAGCCCCUUUCCCAGCAUAGAGUCUCCUCCUGGGGGCGACGCGUCAGCCUGCUCCCUGGGCAAUCCUGGAGGGUCUGGGGAGGGCUGCAGUAGUGGCUCCUCAUUGGGACAGCAUCAGCCCAACUGCUGCACUGACGGCCCCCGUGGGGCCCUUGGGGCAUUCGACACCCGUAGCCCUCCUGGAGGACCUCCCCUCGGACCUCCAGGCUCCCUCACCCACCGCUUCCUUCCCACCACAGACCCCCAGGAGCCUGGGGAGGGUAGGGAGUGGGGGGCCAAGCUGGAGUCCUCACCGCCCCAUCCCAGUGCCGCCGCCUUCAACUCCACUAGUGGCCCGAGCUCCGUGGAGAAGACCCCCAGCACCAGCAGCCUGAGCUCCGUGGAGAAGACCCCCAGCACCAGCAGCCUGAGCUCCGUGGAGAAGACCCCCAGCACCAGCGGCCUCCGUGGGAUCUCUUCGGGUCCCUGCCCGGCCAAGAAGAAACUGCUAUCAUCCAGCGACACGGGAGAGUCGUGUUCGGAGGACGAGGGCCCCUCCACCUCUAAGAGGAGCCGUCUGGCCCUGCUGGCCCCGGGGUUAGGGCUGGCCUCCUGCAGGGGCACCGAUGCCAAAGCUGCCCCCUUCUGGAACCACCUGCUGCCCAACGCACGGGACCCAAACCACACCAAGAGUUUAUCAGAAUGCAGAGGAGCCAGCAGAAGGCUGAAAAGUGGGAUGCGCCUGAAAAGUCGACAGCUAUGUAGUGGGCGGCGUACAGACACCUUGGGUCGCACUGCUCGGUCCGGCUGGCCCUCUUCUUCCAUCAGCCGUUCACUACUGGGUAACUUUGAGGAGUCGAUCCUGAAGGGUCGUUUCUCUCCGUCGGGUCGUAUCGAGGGCUUCACAGCAGAGAUCGGUGCCAGCGGAUCCUACUGCCCUCAACACGCCACUCUGCCUGUACACGUCACCUACUACGACAUCUCAGAGCACAGCGCACCCUCACCCUUCCUGGGGGUGAUCUCCUUGGAGCCUUUAGGAAAGAAGGGAUACAGCGUACCCAAAGCAGGGACCACCCAAGUGACCUUAUUCAACCCCAAUAAAACUGUGGUGAAGAUGUUCCUCGUGACCUAUAACUUUGGGGAUAUGCCCGUCAAUCACAUGACCUUCCUUCGUCACCGCAUCUUCCUGGUUCCCGUUGAGGAGGCGGGGCCAGAGGCGAAGGGGGGUGGGCCUCCAGAGCCCAGGGCCACGCCCACAGAGAGGAGGAAGAUUCUCUGCUACCUGAUACACCUCAGAUUCCAGAGCUCUAAAUCUGGGAAGAUCUACUUGCACAACGAUAUCCGGCUGCUAUUCUCCCGCAAGUCCAUCGAGGUGGACACGGGGAUCCCUUACGAGCUCAAAUCUUUCACCGAGGUGCCAAGAAACCCCAAAUACUCCCCCCGCGUGUGAGCCUAUGAUGAACCCGCGACCCCUGACCCCAUCACCAACGCAGCCCAUUCCUGGAACUGGGCACAGAGAGAUAAACAGACAGACAUGGACAAGAAAACUUGAAAAUAUUAUUCAUUCAAACACACGCAUAUAUACUGAGUAUACAAAACAUUAAGGACACCUUCCCUAAUAUUGAGUUGCACUCCCUCUAUUGCCCUCAGAACAGCCUCGGUUCAUCAGGUUAUGGACUCUACAAGGUGUUGAAAGCGUUCCACAGGGAUGCUGGGCCGUGUUGACUCCAAUGCUUCCUACAGUUGUAUCAAGUUGGCUGGAUGUCCUUUGGGUGGUGGUCCAUGUUGACUCCAAUGCUUCCUACAGUUGUAUCAAGUUGGCUAGAUGUCCUUUGGGUGGUGGACCAUUCUUCAGACGGGAAACUGUUGAGCGUUAAAAACCCAGCAGCGUUGCAGUUCUUGACACAAACAGGUGCUCCUGGCACCUACUACCACGCCCUGUUCAAAGAACCUUAAAUAUUUUGUCUUGCUCAUUCACCCUCUGAAUGACACACAUACACAAUCCAUGUCUCAGUUGUCUCAAGGCUUAAAGAUCCUUCUUUAACCCGUCUCCUCCCCUUAAUCUACACUGAUUUGAAGUGGAUGGAACAAGUGACAUUAAUUUGGGACCAAAGCUUUCAUCUAGAUGCACCUGGUCAUGGAAAGAGCAGGUGUACUUAAUGUUUUGUACAGUCAGUGUAUAUACAUACACAGAAACACACAAAAUGCACAGACAAGCAUCGAUCAAUACAUGCACACAGGCAAAGCAGCCUCACGUGUAUAUACACAACUCACAGUACACAUGAACACUCAGUGGUGAAAUUCAUCUAGAGUUGAGUGUUAACAUGCCUUGUGACUAACCUAAAAAAACAGUUUUCCUCUCGAGCCGUUCGUUUCACACACAAACAGUCGUUUACUCUGCCUGCACCCCCCCCCCUUCCCAAUGGUGGACCAAUGACAACUCUGCAUCCGCCCCCCCUCCCCAAUGGUGGACCAAUGACAAGUCUGCACCCGCCCCCCCUCCCCAAUGGUGGACCAAUGACAACUCUGCACCCGCCCCCCCUCUCCAAUGGUGGACCAAUGACAACUCUGCCACCGCAACCAGCCAGUCAAUAGAAUGCCGGGGAGCCGCUAAUGACGCACACUUUGUAAGAAGAGGACUGGAGAGCCUUAAACAAGCACAUCCCAGUAAGGGGGAGGGGGGCACAAAACAAACGUUAUUAAACCAUUAAACUGGGGAAGAGAUGAGAGAAGAAGAGAGACAGAGGAACACUAGUGAAACAACGACUGAAUUCAAUCAAUUGAAGAAUAAAGAUUGGACGUCAGAUGUUUGACACAUCCUGCAAACGCCAAAACAAUUGACUACACUCAGGACUUGUACUGUUUUGAUUGAAGCCUACAGAUGAUCCAGUGAGCCCUCCCCCAUUUCAAGCAUCAUGGUACGGACCACUGUGUAGGUAGGAUGCAAGGGUAAGGGGAACAUACCAUGGUGUAGGUGGGCCCCUUUUUAUGUAGACUGGCGGAGGGACACUGUGUUUUAGUUUAUUUUCUGUUCAAAACAGUCCAGAAAACAGAGCAGAAAAGAAAAAACUGUAGUAUUUAAUUUGUUUUUUCAAAUGUCUUAAAUAGCAAUAUGCUGCAUAAAUAGAGUGUGUUUUCAUUCAGACUACUGUCUGCAUCCCAAAAGGACCCCU